AGAGGACAAUCCCCUGAAGGAAAUGCAGGCCCCCAAAUUGCAGAAGGGAUGCCCAAGAAAGCGCUGGCCCUUUGUUUUCUAUGCUAGGUGAUGACCUGACACUCAUGGGAAGAGGUGACUGCUGGACACCUGGAUCGGGUCUGUCAACACUGGAGGAAGCGGCUGUUCUACCAUCUGCCUGCUCUUCUGCCAUCUGAGCACCCUGACUCCACCACCCUAUAGGCCAUGGAGAAUGAGCUGCCAGUCCCGCAUACAUCUAGCAGUGCCUCUGCCACCAGCAGCACCAGCGGGGCCAGUAGCAGCAGCAGCUGCAAUAGCAGCAGCGGUGGAAGUGGCCGCCCCACUGGGCCCCAGAUUUCUGUGUACAGUGGUAUUCCUGACCGGCAGACUGUGCAGGUGAUCCAGCAGGCUCUGCACAGGCAGCCCAGCACGGCAGCCCAAUACCUGCAGCAGAUGUACGCCGCCCAGCAGCAGCACCUCAUGUUACAGACGGCAGCCCUGCAGCAGCAGCACCUCAGUGGCGCACAUCUCCAGAGCCUGGCAGCCGUGCAGCAGGCAAGUCUGGUGGCCAACAGACAAGGGAGUACUUCAGGCAGUAACGCGUCCGCACAGGCUCCAGCACAGUCAUCUUCGAUCAACCUGGCAGCCUCCCCAGCUGCAGCCCAGCUCCUCAACCGGGCCCAGAGUGUCAACUCAGCAGCGGCCUCGGGCAUUGCCCAGCAGGCUGUGCUCUUGGGCAACACAUCUUCCCCAGCUCUGACUGCGAGCCAAGCACAGAUGUAUCUAAGGGCACAGAUGCUCAUCUUCACGCCCACGGCCACCGUCGCUACUGUGCAGCCUGAGCUCGGCACUGGCUCCCCCGCCCGGCCCCCCACCCCCGCCCAGGUACAGAACUUGACCCUCCGAACACAGCAGACACCAGCUGCAGCAGCCUCGGGCCCUACCCCCACGCAGCCUGUCCUGCCCAGCUUGGCCCUGAAAUCCACACCUGGUGGUAGCCAGCCUCUGCCUUCUACAUCACAGGGCAGAAACAUUGCUCAGGGUUCCCCCGCAGGGGCCAAGCCUGGCAUGACUGACAGUGUGGUGGAGCCAUUCAAGAAAGGAGAUGGCAGCAGCAGUGUGCCAGGAAGCAUGGAGGGCCGCGGUGGGCCCAGCCGGGCAGUUCCUGCUGUGGCUACCCACUCCCUCAUUGCACCAGCUUACACUCAACUGCAGCCGCACCAGCUCCUCCCCCAGUCAUCAUCAAAGCACCUGCAGCCCCAAUUUGUGAUCCAGCAGCAGCAGCCGCCACAGCCCCAGCAAUCACGGCCUGUGCUCCAAGCCCAGUCCCAACCCCAGCUCGCCUCAGUCCCUCCAAGCUUGGCCCUCCAGCCCAGUUCAGAAGCCCAUGCCAUGCCACUAGGCCCAGUUACACCUGCCCUGCCACUCCAGUGCCCCACAGCCAAUCUGCACAAGCCUGGCAGCACUCAGCAGUGUCGCCCUCCCACGUCAGACGCUGGGCCUCAGAAUGGACAUCCUGAGGGCGUGCCCCACGCCCCUCAGCGCAGGUUUCAGCACACUUCAGCUGUCAUCUUACAACUACAGCCUGCUUCACCUGUGCCCCAGCAGUGCACCCCUGACGACUGGAAAGAAGUAAUACCCAGGGAGAAGAGUGUGCUUGAGUCUCAGUCCGGCCCAUCACCACAUCAGCAAGCCAUCAUCACUGCCAUGCCUGGUGGCCUGCCUGUACCUAAGAGCCCUAACAUCCAGCAGUCCCCAGCUCAUGAGACAGGGCAGGGCAUUGUUCAUGCACUGACCGACCUCAGCAGCCCCGGCAUGACCUCAGGGAACGGAAACUCUGCCUCCAGCAUCACCGGCACUGCCCCCCAGAAUGGUGAGAAUAAACCACCACAGGCCAUUGUGAAACCCCAAAUCCUGACGCAUGUUAUCGAAGGGUUUGUGAUCCAGGAGGGGGCGGAGCCUUUCCCGGUGGGACGCUCGUCCCUGCUGGUGGGGAAUCUCAAGAAGAAGUAUGCACAGGGGUUCUUGCCUGAGAAACUUCCACAGCAGGAUCACACCACCACCACUGACUCGGAGAUGGAGGAGCCCUAUCUGCAAGAAUCCAAAGAGGAGGGUACUCCCCUCAAACUCAAGUGUGAGCUCUGUGGCCGGGUGGACUUUGCCUACAAGUUCAAGCGUUCCAAGCGCUUCUGUUCCAUGGCCUGUGCAAAGAGGUACAAUGUGGGAUGCACCAAACGAGUGGGACUUUUCCACUCAGACCGGAGCAAGCUGCAAAAGGUGGGUGCCACGACCCAUAACCGCCGUCGGGCCAGCAAAGCCAGUCUACCAACACUUACCAAGGAUACCAAGAAGCAGCCAACAGGCACUGUACCCCUUUCAGUUACUGCUGCUUUGCAGCUAACACACAGUCAGGAAGACUCCAGCCGUUGUUCAGAUAACUCAAGCUAUGAGGAACCCCUGUCACCCAUCUCAGCCAGCUCAUCCACCUCCCGACGGCGACAAGGCCAGCGGGAUCUAGAGCUCCCCGACAUGCACAUGCGAGACCUGGUGGGCAUGGGACACCACUUCCUGCCAUGUGAGCCCACCAAAUGGAACGUAGAAGAUGUCUACGAAUUCAUUCGCUCUCUGCCAGGCUGCCAGGAGAUAGCAGAGGAAUUCCGUGCCCAGGAAAUCGACGGGCAAGCUCUGCUGCUGCUCAAGGAGGACCACCUGAUGAGCGCCAUGAACAUCAAGCUGGGGCCUGCCCUGAAGAUCUAUGCUCGCAUCAGCAUGCUCAAGGACUCCUAGGGCUGGCCAGGGCAGCCAGGAUUCUGGCCCAGGCACCUUCUCCCGACUGAGUAGAGCCAGACCGACAUUCCUGAGGGACCCAGAAACAGGGCCAGUUGGAGGGAAGGGGCUCUCCCUAGGGGUGUGGCUGGUGAGGCGGUCUGGGUACCUCCUCCAUGGCUCUCAGGGGCCUUUCAUUUCUGUGGGAGAGGCAGAGAGGUAGGUGGCACAGAAGAUGGGGCUUUAUGCUUGUAAAUAAUUGAUAGCACUGGCUUCCUCCAAAGUCCCAAUACUCUAGCCCCACUCUCUUCUCCUCUUUCUGUCCCCCAUUUUCCUGGGGGUAUAUGGUCAGGGCUCCCCAACCUGAGUUGGGUGACUUAAAGGGCAGCCAGCAGGCCUGGAUGGAGGCCUAGAAAGCCCUUGCCUUUCUCCCUCCCACUUCAUUCUCCAGGCCUGGUUAACUCUUCCGUUGCUGACUUCUCCCCUUCAUCCUGUUACUGCAGCAGCCAGGGUUCUCCCCCUACACCCUCUGCAAAGUGGAGAGAGAGAAGUUGGGCCCAGUUGGGCCGUGCCUGCUGGCACAGACGCCUUAACGCUGUGUGUAUGACUGUAUGACUGUGUGGGAGCCUGGACUGACAGGCCAAGAGCUACUCUCUGGCAUCUCCAGGUGUUUUGUAGCAAACAGCCGCUUAGUGCUUUGUCCUGGACUCCACUCAGCCUCAGGAUAGGGAAUGGCCAAGAAGGGCAGCCUCAGUGUGAAGAGGCAAGAUCAGAAGCAGAUGAAGAGUAGGAGGCUUUCCUUCCAGACAUGUCAGGAUGUCUCUGACGCCCCCUCCCCACACUGUGAAGUUUCCCUGACUAGUGUCCUGGCUCACAGCAUUAGGAAAGCUGCCACUGGGCUGGGCCUCCUGGUCUGCCUGCUGCCCACCCUGGGAGCCCCAUUGGUGUGGCCUGGAGAACUUCGAAGGGGAGAGAACAGCUGGCGUUACUGUUGUGUGAAGAAGACACUUGGCCUCCCACUCCCACACUUCUUUGCCUAAAACUUCCUAGCAGCAAUUUGAGCUACCUGAGGAGGAGGCAGGGCAGGAAGGGCGAGGCCUGCCUCUGACUUGCCCUGUCCUUUGCAGGCUCCUGGGGGUGUCCUUUGCAGGAAGAGGGUUGGGGCCUUUCUCAGCUUGUUCUAUUCCCCGCCCACACCCCCAAGCAGGGUUGGAAAUGAAGGACUUUUUUAACCUUUGGUUUUGUUUUUUAAAAAUAAAUCUGUAAAAUCUGUC